GUGGUGGGUGGUAUGACCUGGUGCAUCACCACGUGCAAUUUUGACGUUGAUGUAGAUCUUCUCUUUCAAGAAAACUCUACCAUUGGUCAGAAGAUAGCUCUGACAGAGAAAAUAGUUUCUGUUCUACCAAAGAUGAAGUGUCCUCAUCGUCUCGAGCCCCAUCAAAUUCAGGGCCUGGAUUUUAUCCACAUUUUUCCGGUCAUACAGUGGCUGGUGAAACGAGCCAUAGAGACAAGAGAAGAGAUGGGAGAUUAUGUGAGGUCCUACUCAAUUUCUCAGUUCCAGAAGACCCACACUCUCCCUGAGGAUGAAGAGUUCCUCCAGAGGAAAGGAAAGACUGUGAGAGCCGUUCUGGAUGUGUUUGAAGUGUACAAACCUCAGAGGAAGUACAGAAGGCAGAGAGAUGCAGGACAGCUACUGGAUGAAGAGUCCAGGGUCCACUCUACUCUGCUGGAAUAUGGCCGAGUGUGCAAUGUUCUGCUACGUUAUGGCUUCAGUAAGCAGUCAAAACAAGACAAAGUCGACGAGGGAAAGUCUUCACUGGGCAGGGGCUAUCAGGUGGGCCCCACUGGAAUGGUCGAGGUGUCAGAAGAUGAUGACCUGCAAGCAGCAGAGGAGAUACGAAUAAAAUCCCUGAUGACAAACAUGGCUGCAAUGGCUAAUGAAGAGGGCAAACUGACUGCAAGCGCAGUAGGUCAUAUAGUUGGACUGCAGUCUGAGGAGAUCAAACAGAUUYCCUCUGAAUAUGCUGAGAAGCAGUUCGAGUUGACUUCAGAGGAGCGAUUGGAUCGGUAUGGUACCUUACAGCAGCACCACAGGGCAGUUGCCUCUAUUCACAAACAAAUUCAACAGAAGACCAAGCAACUGGAGGAGCUCAAAACCAAGCAUGCAGAGGUGAAGACUGGCUGUAAAGAUGCCAAGAAGAAGCUGAUUGAGGCUACCGAGCAGUCAGAGAAGGUCGAGAGAGAGCUGAACUCUUUAGAUGACACAGAGGAUCAAGUGGACAGUAGCCUUUUGGAGAAGCUCAGAUUUUUAGUGACAAUGAGCGAGAACCUCAAGAAGCAGGAGCAGGAGUUUCGCUCACACUGUAAGGAAGAAAUGUCACGUUUGCAGCUGAACAUAGAGGAGUUAAAGUCUUCAUCGGGACAAGAAACGGAGGAUGAGAAAGAGAGGAGCCAGCUGAUAGAGAAACAGUAUGACUCAGACAUGGAGAAGCUCCAGAAGAUCCGCCUGCUCAUGGCUCGGAGAAACCGUGAAAUUGCGGUACUGCAGAGAAAGAUAGAUGAGAUACCUAGCCGGGCUGAGUUGACCCAGUACCAAAAGAGAUUUAUCGAACUGUACAGCCAAGUUUCUGCAACACACACAGAGACCAAGCAGUUCUUCACUCUGUACAACACCUUAGAUGAUAAGAAGGUCUAUCUGGAGAAGGAGGUCACUCUGCUGAAUUCAAUUCAUGACAACUUCCAACAAGGCAUGUCGUCUGCAGCAGCUAAGGAACAGUUCCUCAGACAGAUGGAGCAGAUAGUGGAGGGAAUUAAACAGGGUCGCAUUAAGAUGGAGAAAAAGAAGCAGGAGAACAAAAUGAGGAGAGAUCAGUUAAACGAUGAGUAUUCGGAGCUGCUCGACAAGCAGAGACUCUACUUCAAAACUGUCAAAGACUUUAAGGAG